AGUUGUAUUCAAGCACGUGUAAUGCGUAUUUGUUAUUUUAUUUUACCGUAAGCACAAUUUUUAUACAAGAAAAUGAAAAAUCUUGAGCUACUUUACAGCCGAACGGCUCAAUUAGACGUGAACAAUGUGAAUUACAUGAAUUUGAAUACAGAAAAUGCUGGCACAACAUUUAUUGCAUCAAACGAUGAAUUGUUAAGUUUUGAUUGGUCGAAAAAACAAAUAAACGUAAUAACACCGCUUCAAAAUGAAAUUGUUGGUUUCGAACAUCUAUCGCUAAACAAUGAAUUGUGUGUGGCAACAGCGGCUGGUGAAGUUAUUGUUUAUAAUUUGCAUCAGUCAAGUGAUGAGUCGGUAACAUUUUGUGAAGGUGGCUUGAAGGCGAUGUCAUGGUCGAAUGAUCAAGAGGUGGUUGUAUUUGUAACACAAGCCAAUUCACUUGUUGUCAUGAACAGUGCAUAUGAUCCAAUUGCUGAGGUGAAUCUAUUGGAUGAGAAUUUCGGCGAUGAGGCUUUUAUCAAUGUUGGAUGGGGUAAGAAAGAAACACAAUUUCAUGGCACUGAAGGUAAACAAGCUGCACAUAAAAAACCAGCUGAAAUUGCUGUCGAAGAUGUUCGCGUACUCGAUCAACGUAUUUCGAUUGUGUGGCGUGGUGACGAUGAAUAUUUUGCCAUUAGUUUUGUCGGUAAAACGGAACGAAUGUUCAAGGUAUUUGACAAAGAAGGUAAAUUGAAAUAUACCUCGGAAAAAUUGGCCGGUCUUGAUGCAGUCAUCGAUUGGAGACCAACUGGUAAUUGGAUUGCGAUACCGCAUGUUCUUCCAAAUAAAUACACAAUUGCAUUGUUUGAGAAAAAUGGAUUGAGACAUCGAGAGAUUGUGCUGCCGUUUAAAAAAGAAGAAGAGGUGGUCGAAAAAUUACUCUGGAGUGGCGAUUCAGACAUUUUGGCCAUUUACACAGAACAUGCAACCGGUUCGACGAUUUAUUUGUACACCAUUUGCAACUAUCAUUGGUACCAAAAACAAACAUUGCAUUUUAAUGGUAAAUGCAAAGCGAUUCAAUGGGAUAACAAUUAUUUGGAAGGAAAAUCAUUACAUGUGAUCGAACAAAGUCUACAGUAUUCAGUUUAUCGUUGGGAUCAUUCAAUUGUACGCUCAACUGGCUUCACAGAUGAUGAUCAAGCUCUUGUUGCUGUUAUCGAUCGUAAUAAUCUCUUGUUAACAAACUUCCGUGGUGCUGUGAUUCCUCCACCAAUGUGUGGAUCUACUUUGGUUCAUUCAUCACCUAUAAAUUAUGCCGGAUUCAUACGUCAGUCAACCGAUUCAAAUCGAUUCUUUAUCGUUGACACUACGAAUACAUUUUCAACAUUUGAAUGUACAUUUGAGCGUAAUCCCGAGCGUAAUCUUAAUUUACUUGAGGGCAGCAAACUUAUUCAAAGCUAUAAAAUCGCACAGGGCGACCAUAUUCCAUUAUUCAAUCAGCAUUGGACUUGGUUGAAUGAAUUACAUGUCAUAUUUUGUUAUACCAAAGAUAACGCAACAGUUUUGUCACUUUCUGAGUUGCGUGAAGGACAAGUCAACAUCGUAAGCACACAGUCAAUCGAUGGUAUCAUUGGAAACAUAGUUGUAUGUAACAAAAGUUCAAAAAUCAUUUACCAAUUAACUUGUGGUAAAUUUGAAUCCAUCGAAAUUUUGGAAUCAAAACUUCAGGAACCACAAUUCCUGUUUGAUGUGAGCAGUUUCUGUGAAAGAAUCGACUGUAGCACGAUACAUGGUGAAAUAAAAGUGAUUGCAUUGAAAACGCAGCAAAAUCUUUAUGUAGAUGGAGAGAAAGUUGCUUCAGAUGUUACGUCAUUUUUGUUAACCGAACAGUUCCUGCUCUUUACCACGCUUGAUCAAUUGAAAUUCAUUCGAUUGGAUGGGAAGGAUGUGAUCAACGAACGUCGUAUUGAACGAGGUGGUCGAUUGGUGACAUCGGUACCACAUGAUUCACGUACCGUCUUGCAAAUGCCUCGUGGAAAUUUGGAAACAAUACAACCUCGAGUACUUUCAUUAGUUAUUAUUGCUGAACUCCUUGAUGCACAUUCCUAUCGCAAAGCCUUUGAUUUGUUGCGUAAACAACGUAUCAACUUAAAUCUUUUGGCUGAUCACAAUCCCAUUAAAUUUUUGUCUCACAUACCCGAAUUUAUUGCAGACAUUGAUAAUAUUCAAUGGCUCAAUCUAUUUUUGUCGGAUCUUUUGAACGAAGACGUCACUGUCACAAUGUAUGCCAGUAACUAUCGACAUCUCAAGAAUCGAACAUUUGCAACAGUAUAUGCAUAUAAAGUGGAUGUCAUUUGUGAACAGUUCUGUAAUGUGUUUGAACAGGAUUCGACGGUAAAAUAUUUACUUCCAAUGAUAACAGCACACGUUAAGCGAAAGAAUCUCGAAAAAGCUUUGGAAAUUCUAUGGGCCGUGCGACAAAUUGAACUCAAUCCAGUUGAUGGUCGAAAGACAACAGUUACUGCACAAGAAGCAUUGAAAUACUUACUGUAUUUGGUCAAUGUGAAUGAUUUGUAUGAUGUAGCAUUGGGAAUGUAUGAUUUUGAUUUGGUACUAUUUGUUGCGCAAAAAUCACAAAAAGAUCCAAAAGAAUAUUUACCAUUUUUGAAUGAACUGAAACAAUUGGAGGAAAAUUAUCGCAAAUAUCGAAUUGACAAUCAUCUAAAGAGAUACAGUAAAGCAUUGGAACAUAUCGUGAAAUGUGGCGUUGAAAAGCUAGAAGAAUGUCUGGAGUUGAUUGAAAAACAUAAUCUCUACACACAAGCACUACGACUAUUUAAACCAUCUGACGAAUGUUACAAUGAUAUUGUGAUUCAAUAUGCCGACUUUUUGCGAUCGAAAGGCGCAUUCUACGAAGCCACUUUGAUGUACGAACGAGGAGGAGAUUCGACGGCAGAUUUUAAACAAGCCGUUUUAUCAGCCAAACACACAUUGGAUUGGAAGAAAUGCUUACGGUUGGCCAGAAAAUCUUCGUAUUCGAAGGAAGAAACGGAAAAUCUGUGCAGGUCACUAUUGCCAGCUCUCAAGGAGAACAAUAGAUUUGCUGAUGCAGCUGAAUUGGUGCGUUUCUUUAAUCCAAAUAGUAUCGAAUACAUACAAGUUCUUUGCGAUGGAAAAUUUUAUCAAAAAGCAAUCUUGGAAUCAAGUGGCUUACCCGAAUCACAGGAUGAAUUCAUUCGAAAUCAUUUAUUUGACUUUGCACGUAAAACAAUUGAAAAAAUCCAUGGCGAUCAAUUGCAAUUCAGCAAAUUUGUUGCUCGAUUGCAAACAAUUCGCAAGGAAAAAGCUGAAAAAUUGUUGAAUGGCGAUGUAGACGAUGAUGACUGCGAUAUGUUUUCAGACACAACAAGUAUGAACUCAUCGCGAUUUACGGGUGGUUCAAGAGGCACAGCAAAAUCGUUUAGAUCGAGCAGAAGCAAACGAAAGCAUGAACGAAAACUACUGAGUUUGAAAGAAGGCAAUCCUUUUGAAGAUAUUGCCUUGAUCGAUGUUAUUUAUACAAUGGUUCUCAACAUAUUCGCACAACAACAACACAUUCAUGAACUCCUUAAGUCUUUGGUCGAUUGUCAGUUGGAUGGUAUUGGCAUCGAAGUCCAGAAAAUAUUCAAUGAGCUGUUGGAAGAUAUUAAACGAUCAUUGGAUGUGAUUUGGUUACCUGAAAUGAUGGUAUCUGGUGAAAUAAAAGUCGAAGAAUAUAUGGAUUAUGUUCGAGUUCAAAAGGAACAACACUAUGCCAUGAUAAAACCGCAUCAAAGAGCAAAACCAAUAUUAACACUCAUUGACUGGCAAUUAGAAAUUCUCAAAUAAGAUAUGCUAUUGAAUGAAAUUUCAAAUUUGAUUUAUGUUCUUAAAAUAAAUGUUGAAAAAUAUUUGAAUACAAAAUUAUUAAUUUUCUUUAGCUGAA